AUUGUCCGAUGAUAAUUAUGUGAACAGGAAAUUUUUUUUUAAAAAAAAUGUGAACAUGAAAUUAGGAAAAUUGGGCUUCUCUUGUCACUUAACAACUCUAUGGGCCUUAGGCCCCAAUAAUGUGAAACGCCACGUGAUCUGAGCGCGUUUAACUUACCUGGUUCGCGCGGGACAUCCGAAUCACAACCUCUCGGCGCCUUGCCUAACAUUAGCGAGCGCUCCCUCCUCCAUUUCAAAAAAUUUCAAAUCCCUCCUCUCUCUCUCUCUCUCUCUCUCUCUCUAUCUCUCUCUCUCUAACGCGCUCCAUCUCUCCCCACACUCCAUGGAUCUCCACCCCACUCCAUACCCUGGUAAACGCCGCUCCGUUGCAAACCCUAGCAACAGAGGGAUCGAUCGAACCAUGCCUUCGAAGAAACCACCGCCGCAAACCGUCAAUUCCACCCAAACCAGGCCAAAGCGCGCAUUCGGAGUAGUUCGUAGCGCCAACAUUCCUGUGGAAAAGCCUAAAUCGAAGCCCGUUUUGACCAAAUCCUCGAAGCCGUGGAAACCCUCGGGAGCUCCUUCGAAUCCCGCCAACACCAGGAGAGAUGAUUCGAUAACCACUGGAGCUGUAAAAAGCCCCCAUAAUGGGAGUGGAAGAAGCGGAUCGGGGAAAAAGGUGGUUGAUGGAAUUGUAAGGAGCAAGAAACACCAGCGAGUGAGUUUUCAGGAAUCGAACACUUCAGCCACAGUUGAAAGCAAGGAGAAUGGCAUCAAGCAGGAGGAGGCGAUCCGAACUCCGACGUCUUCUAUCAAAACCGUGGCGGCAGCUGGUACGCCAUAUCUAAGUGCCCGGGAUUGUAGCAAGUGUAGGCUCGACAGGCUCGAGUUGUCGACAUAUUGGCUCGCCCAGAUAAGGCUGGCGGAGUCCGUUGGGAAGCAUUUUGUCUCCGCUGCUUUCUUUCGUCUAGCUCUGGAGUGUAAUGCCCAGCCAUUUCAUAAGAUUCAGAGUGAACUCAGGCACUAUGCGACACGACACCAAAGCAACACCAUAAAAGCUCUGUUUGAAGAUCUCUUCCAGGCCUAUGGGCUACAAAUUGACCUGUCCAAAUUUGAUGGUACUAGCCUUGAGAAUACAAGUGCCUCCUUAGCUGAAGCAGAGGAAGCUUCAAUUUUCAUAGAUGAGUUAGGGUGUGACACUUGUCAACAAGGAGUUUUGGAAUUCCAUUGUGGAGAUAGCCUAGUUGUGGAGGAGGUACACACGGAUAAAGUAGGUUCAACUGGAAUCGAACAAGACCGUGAAGAACAAGAUGAAGUAAACUGUGAGCAGCAAAAAGAUGAAAAUUUCAAGCAUGAUGACAGCGAAACCAUAGUUUUGGAUCAGCCAACGGAAGAGCCUUUUGAGCAUAAAGAUGUAUGUGAAGAAAAUGUGGUCGCCAAUGAAAAGUUGGUUCUAAAUGACCCUGAGAAGAGUUGCAAUUCAAAUGAGAUCUCUUACGGUGGUGAUGGAGGUAAUUCUGUUGAUGGCAAGGUCUCUGAAAAGAAGUUCAAGGAAAAGAAGUUUACUAGAUGUAUUAAUGCAUCGAAUAAAACUUCGUCUUCAAGUCGCCACAUAGAGGAUCCAAGUAAAAUUUCUGGGGGUUCUAAUUCGUCUGGGGGAGUUGGAAAACGAAUAGGUCGAUGCCGUCAGACUCGGAGUAAAAGCAAUGAAGCUGGAAAGGGCAAAAGCCCUGCUUCAGGUGAUAAGAUCAAAUCUGAAAUGGGGCAGACAGGAUAAAAGCCCAGAAACAUUGUCUGCAGGAGCUUUAAUGAUCAUCAAUGAUGCAGUUUUAUGAUAGUGCGAAUGUGAACGUUUUAGCAUGUAUGAUUAGAGCUUGAAUAUGUAAAUGUUUCCUUUGCUUGACGUAAGAUUGUUUUAGUGUCACAUAGUAUCUGUAUGCAUGCACUGGUGUGUGCUGCGUUCUCGCAGGGGGAGAAGGAAUUUUCUCUCCUUCUUAUCAGUUCUUGGUUGAUCUUGGAAAUUUGUGGGGAUAUUUCAAUGUACUUAACUGGCUAUCUAUUAGACUAAAAACAAAAACCUGGGCGGAACCAAUCUAUGCAAUUUGGAUUUAUUAGACUAAAAGAUCUAUGCUAGUUGUUUGCGUUUGUUCA